CCACGCAGGCGGUCAGGCAGGCCGGCGGGCACUCUCUCCGUUCUUCGGUGCGUUUGUCCGUCCAGCCCCCAACAUGCCUCAGGCCGACAGCUUGUCCUCUCCUGGAGCCAUCCCCGACGAUGUGCGGAGUCUGUUGGCAGAUCUGGAAGCCUUCGUGGUAGACACGCUGAAGGGGGAAAAUUUAUCCAAGAAAGCAAAGGAAAAGCGCGAAUCCCUUAUUAAGAAGAUAAAAGACGUAAAGUCGGCCUAUCCUCAAGAAUUCCAAGACAAAGUCGAUAUAGAAGAUGGAGAAGAAUAUGAUGAUCCUUUUCCGGGGCCUCCAGAUACGCUCUCCCAAACAUCCGAUCGCUAUGAAAAAGACGACGAGGCGCCGUCUGACGGAAAUCAGUUCCCUCCAGUGGCGGCCCAGGAUCUUCCUUUUGUCUUGAAGGCUGGCUACCUUGAAAAACGGAGAAAAGAUCAUAGCUUUCUGGGAUUUGAAUGGCAGAAGCGUUGGUGUGCUCUCAGCAAAACUGUCUUCUAUUAUUACGGAAGUGACAAAGACAAACAACAGAAAGGUGAAUUUGCUAUAGAUGGGUACAACGUCAGAAUGAAUAAUACCCUCAGGAAGGAUGCAAAGAAAGAUUGCUGUUUUGAAAUCUCAGCUCCUGAUAAACGCAUCUACCAGUUCACGGCGACCACUCCCCGAGAUGCCGAGGAAUGGGUGCACCAGCUGAAAUUCGUGUUACAAGACCUGGAAUCCGAUGUCAUUCCUGAGGAGGAGGAUGAAAGAGGAGAGUUGUAUGAUGAUGUUGACUCAGCACCACCCGUCACAAGCCCCCCGGCCAAUGGCCAGGCGAUCGAUGACGAGAUCUACGAGGUUCUUCCAGAAGACGAAGACGAGGCUGCUUUCAAGAAAAGCGAGGAGCCCAAGCGGACGGGCCAGGACGCCGCUCAGACUCCAGCAGAUAAAAGCACGGAUUUUGCUAAUUUUUACCAAGGUCUGUGGGACUGCACAGGGAACGUUCCUGAUGAGCUGUCAUUUAAACGGGGUGACGUGAUCUACAUCCUCAGCAAGGACUACAAUAGAUUUGGCUGGUGGGUAGGAGAAAUGAAGGGAGCCAUUGGCUUGGUGCCUAAAGCCUACAUAAUGGAGAUGUAUGAUAUUUGAGAGUCCUGGCAAAUCUGGACAUUUGGAAGUGGAGAAAGAAGUUGGGGCUCGACUUGUCCGUUUCUGCCCAAGAGACGCUGCGGAUUCCGCGAGCUCAUCCUCGGAGGGAGGCACGACUUACCUCCUUUCUCUGCCUCCCCGAAAACCAUCGCUGCCUUCUUUCUGUUCCCCUCAGGCUGUCACUUCGCUCACUCCUUCUUUUCAGUGGUUUUAUAAUCCUAAAUGAAAUAAAAUGUGUGCAGCUUAAGCAGG